CUCUUUACUUUGCUUCCUUCGCUGGCGGACGGAGCUCAAGUCGUUCUUUAGCUUUUUCAAUUCAACUUGGGAAAUCCUCGUACCUGACAACCCAUUGUCCGAUUACAUUCAAAUUUGGUGGAAAAAUAAUUAUUAGAAGUUGCACCUGUCGAGUCUGCUUCAAAAUACAGAGGUCCGCAGAAAGGAUACUUUGAGAGGGUCGUUUAAAUGAGAUUGGAGAUGCUCCUGUCUUUGCUGCUGUGUGCCAUCUGUCCGCUCGUCCUACCGUCCUCCUCUACCCCCAGCCAAGCCUCAGAUGACUCCAGACUCCUACAGGUGACCAUCCCUACGACCCCUCCCUUAACUGCCGUCUUGGGGGGCUCUCUUACCCUACCUUGCCUGGUGUCUCUGUCCCACCCGCCCCCCAACACAAAUGGCCGCCACGCCGUACUCUCCCUACCCAGGGUCAAGUGGAGCGUGCUGUCCCAGGGACACGAGACUGAGAUCCUGGUGGCCCGAGGGGACAGGGUGAAGGUCAGCGAGGACUACAAGGACCGAGCCUCCCUGCUCCAUUACGCUUCCUCCCCGGCCGACCUCACCCUGAGGCUGGAGGGCCUGCAGUACAACGACUCUGGCUUCUACCGCUGUGAGGUGCAGCAGGGCCUGGAGGAUGCCGACGAUGUGGCUCAGGUCAAGGUCAAAGGGGUGGUGUUCCACUACCGGGAUGCUUCCAGUCGCUAUGCCUUUACCUUUACGCAGGCCCGGGACGCCUGUGAAGAGAUCGGGGCUCACAUCGCCACCCCAGAGCAGCUCUUGGCAGCCUACCACAGUGGCUAUGAGCAGUGUGAUGCGGGCUGGCUCUCAGACCACUCAGUGAGAUAUCCCAUCCAGAUGCCACGAGAGGGAUGUUUUGGAGACAUGGACGGGCAUCCUGGAGUGAGGAACUAUGGGCUGCUGGAACCUGAUGAGCUGUACGAUGUAUACUGUUAUGUGGAGAAUAUAGAGGGGGAAGUGUUCCAUGGCUCUUCCCCCCGAAGUUUCACCCUGUGGGAAGCUAAGGCCUAUUGUCUGGCUCAGGGAGCAGAGCUGGCUACCACAGGUCAGCUGUAUGCAGCCUGGAAUGACGGACUGAACGCCUGCAGCCCAGGGUGGUUGGCUGAUGGGAGUGUACGCUACCCCAUUGUCACUCCCAGGGAGCGUUGUGGUGGAGGGGAGCCUGGGGUCAGGACUGUCUAUCGCCAUUUGAACCAGACAGGCUUUCCAGAGGCACACACUCGCCACGACACUUACUGCUUCCGAGGCAACAGCAACACUCACACCGAAUCUCCCCAUGAUUACCUGGCUACAGAGCCAGAGGACAUCGGCCAGGACAUUGUGACGCUGUCUGAGCCUCUGGAGGAAUUCAGCCUGGGUCAGGUGACAGAGCAGGUGGUGAGCAAAGAAUCUCAGGGCUCCCUGUCUGCCAUCCUUGUUCCAGAGGAGCAACACGCAUCAGUGCAUAUAGAGGAGCAAGGGGCUGUCCCUGGGGAGCAGUACCCAGAGCAGAGGGCUGUCCCUGGGGAGCAGUACCCAGAGCAGAGGGCUGUCCCUGGGGAGCAGUACCCAGAGCAGGGGGCUGUCCCUGGAGAGCAGUACCCAGAGCAGGGGGCUGUCCCUGGAGAGCAGUACCCAGAGCAGAGGGCUGUCCCUGGAGAGCAGUACCCAGAGCAGGGGGCUGUCCCUGGAGAGCAGUACCCAGAGCAGGGGGCUGUCCCUGGGGAGCACGGAGAAGAACAGGGGUUUGUUCCUGGAGAACACGGAGCGGAGCAGGGGGCUGUUACUGAGGAGGCAUACACCAAGGAGGAUGGAGAGGAGCAAGGGGCUGUGCCUGGGCAGCACAGAGAGGAACAGGGGGUUGUUCCUGGGGAGCAGUACCCAGACCAGCCUGGAGAGGAGCAGGGGGCCGUCGAUGGCCAGGGCCCUACUGUUGUCUAUCACGCCCUACCCAUUCCGAUUGAACCCCAAGACCCAUUCACCCCCACAUCCUUCCCCCAAGACCUGGAGCCCACAGAGGACACCUGGCAGCCGGUGAAAGAGGUCAGCAACCCAGAAACAUAUCAGCCUGCCCCUAAGGGGGCAAACGUAGACUUACACUACCCAGUCACACCCUAUGAUGAGCUGAAUGCAAACCCAACACUGUAUCCACCUUCUCGCGAGACAAAUGAUGACUCAGGUGAUCUUACAACUGCUCAUGAAGACAACAUUAGUAGCCCCGAUCCCUACCAGCCCUUGUCAGAGUCAAACGUGGAAUCAGGAGAGCUCUCAAUAGAGGGUGUUCCAGGGACUGCUCUGGAGCCCCCCGUGCCCACCACAGGGUAUGAGGAGGUGGACAAGUCCAGUGAUCCACAGCCCAUGCCUGGCACAACCCCUGAGAGUGGUGAGUCUCAGUAUGGUAUUUCAGAGGAAAGCCAUCUGCAAACAGGGAUCACCCAGGAGACCGAACACUACACUUUUACCUCUGAGACCGCAGGCUACAAUGUAUCAGGAGUUGAAGCCACUACUAGUCAUGACAGGUCUCCAGAGGAGCAACUGGAAAGUAAGCUGCCCACACCUCCUGAGGAGGACUACUCCGGAGAUGAGCAUGUCAUCCAGGAGCAUGUCACAGACACAGACUCGGCCUACCCAAGCACCUCUUACGACCUCUCAGGAGGGUCCAUCAGGCCUGAGGGAGCCAUCGCUGGGGGUGUUGAGGAGACAUCUGUAUCUUCCACUUCACCUCACGAGGAAACGGAGCUCUUCCCUGACCAGUCCACCACUCAGCCUCCAUACUGGGAGAGCACACCUGAAUACCGGCGUACCAACUCUGUGGACCACAGUGCCAGUGUCCUUCUCCCUGAGGAGCAUACCACAUCACUGGACUCAUUGGUCCUCCAGACAGGGGAGAACAGUGGCUCUGCUACGGCUGAGUCAGGAGACCUGGCUACCCUAAGCCCAGUGGAGAUGGACCCCUAUGAACUGAUCCCUACCUCUGAAUAUGCUUUUGACCCCACUCAGGAGCAGUCUGGUGUCACGUCACCCGACUCCUCUACCCUAGAUGAGCAUGUGGAGCAGGAGGCAGGAGGCACAGUGGACUCAUUACCAGAGGUUUCCAUGGGCUCCACUGACCUGGGUUCAGUUCCAACUGACAAAGUCCUCACAGUUACUUAUGACACUGGCUCUAGUGAAGCCUCUGGGGUCCACGAGGGAAUGCUUGACGUAACCCUCUUGACAUCCCCCAAACCUAUUACCUAUUCCCCCCCGACCCAGCGAUCCGUGGAAGCAGAGGCCAGCUCCCCAGGUGACUUCAUAACCUUCAUCCCAGAAACCAGCGUUCCAUCUGGGUUUGAUCCCCUGGAGGAAGGGCUGGAGAAGGUGGAGCAAGAGGGGUUGGGUGAAAUCCCAGAAGUAGUUGAAACUACUACCCCAGAGACAGCUUCUGGUGAGGAGGGGAGUGGAGAUGAGCAGAAUGGUCAGGUGGUGAGUGGAGAAGAGGAGAGUGGUCAGGAGGUGAGUGGAGACGAGGAGAGUGGUCAGGAGGCGAGUGGAGACGAGGAGAGUGGUCAGGAGGCGAGUGGAGACGAGGAGAGUGGUCAGGAGGCGGUUGAAGACAAGGAGAGUGGUCAGGAGGCGAGUGGAGACAAGGAGAGUGGUCAGGAGGCGAGUGGAGACAAGGAGAGUGGUCAGGAGGCGAGUGGAGACGAGGAGAGUGGUCAGGAGGCGAGUGGAGACAAGGAGAGUGGUCAGGAGGCGAGUGGAGACAAGGAGAGUGGUCAGGAGGCGGUUGAAGACAAGGAGAGUGGUCAGGAGGCGAGUGGAGACAAGGAGAGUGGUCAGGAGGCGAGUGGAGACAAGGAGAGUGGUCAGGAGGCGAGUGGAGACAAGGAGAGUGGUCAGGAGGCGAGUGGAGACGAGGAGAGUGGUCAGGAAGCGAGUGGAGACAAGGAGAGUGGUCAGGCGGUGAGUGGAGACAAGGAGAGUGGUCAGGAGGCGAGUGGAGACAAGGAGAGUGGUCAAGAGUCGAGUGGAGACGAGGAGAGUGGUCAGGAGGCGAGUGGAGACAAGGAGAGUGGUCAGGAGGCGAGUGGAGACAAGGAGAGUGGUCAGGAGGCGAGUGGAGACGAGGAGAGUGGUCAGGAGGCGAGUGGAGACGAGGAGAGUGGUCAGGAGGCGAGUGGAGACAAGGAGAGUGGUCAGGAGGUGAGUGGAGACGAGGAGAGUGGUCAGGAGGUGAGUGGAGACGAGGAGAGUGGUCAGGAGGCGAGUGGAGACAAGGAGAGUGGUCAGGAGGCGAGUGGAGACAAGGAGAGUGGUCAGGAGGUGAGUGGAGACGAGAAGAGUGGUCAGGAGGAGAGUGGAGACGAGGAGAGUGGUCAGGAGGCGAGUGGAGACGAGGAGAGUGCUCAGGAGGCGAGUGGAGACAAGGAGAGUGGUCAGGAGGCGAGUGGAGAUGAGGACAGUGACCAGGAGCUGAGUGGAAAUGAGGACAGUGACCAGGAGGUGAGUGGCCAAGAGGGAGUAGAGUCCGGCUCAGGCGAGAAGCACUCUGCAUCUGCUGAUUCUGCUGAUUCUGGAGAAAGCUCACGGAUCCUUGAACCAGAAGUCCCAUACAUCAAUGAAACUGUCACUCCCAUCAAUGGCACAACUGUCAAUAGCACAGAUGAAAGCGAGCCUGAGUCGAGCACAGAUGCGCCUUCUACUGACAUGGAGAUCACGCUGCUCCCUGAUUUGUACCAGACCCCCGUGCCCUCCUCCACCGUACCCCAGGAGUCCCGGGCCGAUGCAGAUCUGGAGUACAGUGGGGAGACCUCAGUCACGGAGGACCCUGACUCCAUCACUCCACCCACUGAGGAGCCUGAAGAGACCCCCAGCCCGACGCCCACCACAGAGGACUACGAUGACCAGACUACGACGGCAGCACCCUUAUAUCCAGAGGACGUUGAUGAGGAGAAACUGAUUACCACUUCUACUACUCCAAGAUUUGGGAACAUUUCAGAUGCCUGCCUAGAUAAUCCUUGUUCCAACGGGGGAACAUGUGUGGACAGUGGGUCUUCAACCAAGUGCCUUUGCUUGCCCACCUAUGGAGGAGACAUGUGCCAGACAGACCUGGAGGUGUGUGAGCCGGGUUGGGAAAAGUUCAUGGGCUUCUGUUACCAACAUUUCACCAAGCGUCAGGGCUGGGAGGUGGCAGAGCAGCACUGUCGUUUGUGUGGCGGUCACCUGAUCUCGGUCAUGACCCCUGAGGAACAGGACUACAUUAAUGAUAAGUACAGAGAGUACCAGUGGACGGGACUGAAUGACAGGACCAUAGAGGGAGACUUCCGCUGGUCUGACGGGAAUCCUCUGUUGUAUGAGAACUGGUACCGGGGCCAGCCGGACAGUUACUUCCUGUCUGGAGAGGACUGUGUGGUGAUGGUAUGGCAUGACGGGGGGCGCUGGAGCGAUGUGCCCUGUAAUUACCACCUCUCCUACACCUGCAAGAAGGGCACCUCUUUCUGUGGCCAACCCCCCAUUAUUGCCAAUGCCAAGGUGUUUGGUAAGUCGCGUCUGCGCUACGAGACCAACUCCAAGGUGCGUUACUACUGUGAAGAAGGAUUCCUCCAGACACAGAACCCCAUCAUUAAGUGCCUAUCCAACGGCCAAUGGGAGGAGGCUUUGAUCACCUGUCACCCUGCCCUGACCAACUUGGCAGAGCGAGAGCAGAAGGUCACGACGCCACCCUAUCAGAACGAGGGGGUGGAGGUGGUGGACACAGCCACGGAGAAAGCCACUUCAGGGUUCUGGGACAUCAAGUGGAACUAAUAAGCUCAUCAAACUCAAUAUGCCCCUUCCCUCUGCCCCCUUCCCUGGAAUCCUAUGUUCCACUCAAAGACUGUCCAACCUUGUCCCUCCAACAAGGUGGAGCCUUGUAAAAUAAAUGUUCUCCCUGAGAACGAGUCAUCACAUUCCUGUCACCAGCGCUUUCCAGGAUAAACCCAUUUAGAACAUCAACAGACUUGAUGUUACUCGGACCUAGUGCCGAUCGAUCACACUUACAAUAAGAGUACAUCCCAACAUAAGGCCACGAUUAGAGGGAAUGGAUCGAAUUUGCACAGUACAGUUUUGUCAUUGGAAUGAGCUUUAACGAAGGUGUCCCAUCCAUCACUGGGCUUGUUUGUUGUAUAAGGGUGUGUGAUUGUUGACUAGUGACAUUCUUUGAUAUCCACCUGUGCUAUGACACUGUUGUAUUACUGUAUUUGACUGAGUAACAUAUAUUAUGACAUGUUUAUGAGGGUGUACACUAAGAUUUUGAUAGAGAGUUUCAGAAAAGUGCAACCUAAAUCUCAACCUCAGCUGGUCUGACAUUAACCGAAGCCACUUUCCCACCCUCUGCCACAAAGUCAGAAUUAAGAUGUCCACUUCCGUAUGCUAUUGUAUAAGAACAUCUCCUUGUCAAUCCAUAUCUUCUCAAUUCCUACAACACAAAGCAUUUUCUCAACACGUCCUCUUAUCUGGUGCUUUGUUUUAUCAGGUGUCUUACGAACUUUGGACCCAAUAUUAGAAGCCAAUUUCCACUUUUAAAGUACUUGGUUUGAAAAUAGCCAGAAUCCAAAGUUUGUUUUUUUAUACUCUCGUAAAAAAGUAAUCACUAAGAUACUAGGAAGAACAUGUGAAAAUGUCCACAAUGGUAUUUCUGUUUUCAUGCACCAAUGAUGUCAUUGUCUUAGUUCCAGUGGAAGUAAUACUGUACGUUGGUAGUGUUUAACAGUAAUCAAAUAAUGCUAAUUGUAAAUCCCAUUUGUGACUGCACAAUUGCAUAUUGAACUUGUUAUGAAAGAAAAAAUGUAAUUGUACAACUAAUUAAAAAGGAGAUGGAUUAAAUAAGAAAAAUAUAGUUUUUGGAGAGUAGAAAAUAAAUAU